AUGGUCAAGUGGUUGGAAGCGCUCUUCGCCGCCAUCGAUGUCGCCGCCCCGAUCGACGACCGUGAUUACCCCCGCGAUCAGAGUAUCCCCCGCAUUCAACGUAUCCGCUGGUUCCGGGGCGAGACGCCAGCUCAGACGAAUGACUAUCCCGCGCCGACACCGCGCCCCCUCAGUCCGGAGCUACGCCGCGUGGCUUCUGCCGAGAGCUCAAAUCCCUUUCCAUCCUCGUUGGUGAUGGAGGCCGUUCUAGACGAGCCCGUCAUCGACGACACACCUAUUGGCGAGGGCGAAACUGCUGUCCUGGAGACUGAGUCUAUCUACGGCCCUGGGCCUGCCCGCAAUGAGCAAAUCAGCAGCCGCCUAUCGACGACAUCGUAUCCAAACGAGGCCAUCGACCCUGACACCGGCAAAUGGGCUCCCGAGCACCAAUGGACUGCCGCCCAUGACUUGCUGUAUGCCAAGCUUUGUUACUCGGUUCUCUUGUUCAAGAGCCCGCGGAAGUCAAACUACAUCAUCAGCAAGGGGAAGCAAUGGUUUGUGGACUGGGCAACGGGCCGCAUGGUCCGGGUCCUGCCGCCGACCUACGGCGAGAUCGACUUCUUUGGCCCUUGGCAAGUCAUUCACACGGAAAACAGAAGGAUUUAA